CCAUAGAUUGUCUCCAAUUAUUUGCGUUUUCUCUAUCUUGCUCUUGUGUCUCGAGAGGCUCUUCUAUAUCACUUUCAUUGAUAUUUGUUGGAUUACCUUCAUUGUUAACUGCAUUACAUUGUUAACCACAGUCUUUGGAGUCUCCCGGAACGCGUUGGGGAUUCUUGGAACUGGAAAUGCAUUCUUAGAUUAAGACCCCUCGCAGAGGCUUUUGUCAGGUGUAAUAUUGCCAAUGGUAUGAAUGCAAGUUUUUGGUAUGAUAGCUGGUCUCCCCUUGGUACCCUAAUCAAGGCCUUAGGACAUGAGGGCCCCAGAUCCCUAAGAGUACCUCUCUUGGCUAAAGUAGCUCACGCUACAAACCCCCAUGGUUGGGUCAUUUCGGACCCAAGAUCUGAUUUGGCUUUAUCCCUUCACAUGUACCUAACGACUAUCCCGCUUCCUCGGGUGGAUCUGGGCCCUGACUCUUAUGACUGGGUUGUGGAUGACCAGAUUUGCAACGGCUUCUCCUCCACAAGAACUUGGUCAAGCAUUAGACCAAAAGCUAGCAAAGUUCCGUGGCAUCAAACGGUGUGGUUUAAAGGUGCGACUCCUAGAAACGCCUUCAAUAUGUGGGUAGCAAAUCUAGAUCGCCUCCCUACAAAGACAAGACUCUCAAAUUGGGGUAUGAAUAUCGACAUCACUUGCAGCCUCUGCGAUUCGCUUCCAGAAUCGAGGGACCAUCUGUUCCUUUCUUGCGACUUCGCUCUAUUCCUGUGGAAUGCAGUUAGUAGACGGAUCAGAUCAACCGGCCUGGCUUUCAACUCCUGGCCUGAAAUGCUAGCUUGGACAAAUCAGAGCAAUCACGAUUCUCCCCCUACCCUGCGAAAGUUGAUUGUGCAAUCAGUUUUGUAUGCUAUCUGGAAACAGCGCAACAAUGCUGUACAUAAUCAAGUCCAUUUGCCGCCCUCGGUGAUCUUCAAGGAGAUUGAUAGAGAAAUCAAGAACUCCAUCUCGGCCAGAAUCAUCAACAAAAAGAUCAAGCAUCUUAUGAGUCGGUGGAUCUAAAGCAGUAAAGCUCUAUUCUCAAGUGUAAUAUCAAAUUGUUUUCUUGUUUUUCCUCUUUUUUGCCAAGGAAACAAUGUAAAGGUUGUAAAACCAUGUUCAUAUUUAUAUGAUAUUUGCAGUUUAGCAACA